GACGUGCCCGGAGUGGGGAAGCGGAGCGAUUCGGGGGGCGAGCCUGCCCGAAAUGUGGGGAGCGCCGGCUGCCCCGCGGGGCCACCCCGCUCCCCCCGGGCUGCUGCCGCUGACCUGGCUGCUGGCGCUGCACGCAGGUCUGCUGGCAGGGGUGAACAUCACCAGCCCCACGCCGCUGGUGCGGGGCACGGCGGGCAAGGCGGCGCUGCUGUCGGUGCGCUACGCCAGCGCCAGCGCCGACAAGCCCGUGGUCAAGUGGCAGCUGAAGAGGGACAAACCCGUCACCGUGGUCCAGUCCAUCGGCACCGAGAUCAUCGGCAACCUGCGGCCCGACUACCGCGACCGCAUCCGCGUGCUGGAGAACGGCUCGCUGCUCAUCAGCCCCCUGCAGCUGGCCGACGAGGGCGCCUACGAGGUGGAGGUGUCCAUCACCGACGACACCUUCACCGGCGAGAAGACCAUCAACCUCACCGUGGACAUUCCCGUCUCAAAGCCACAAGUACUGGUGGCCUCCUCAACAGUGCUGGAGCUCAGCGAGUUCUUCACCCUCAACUGCUCGCACGAGAAUGGCACCAAGCCCACCUACACCUGGCUGAAGGACGGGCGGCCGCUGAGCAACGAUUCGCGCCUGCUCCUCUCCCCUGACCAGAAGAUCCUCACCAUCACCCGUGUCCUCAUGGCUGACGAUGAUGUCUACAGCUGCCUGGUGGAGAACCCCAUCAGCCAUGGCCGCAGUGUCCCCGUGAAGCUCACUGUUUACCGCCGGAGCUCUCUCUACAUCAUCCUGUCCACGGGCGGCAUCUUCCUUCUUGUCACGCUGGUGACAGUUUGUGCCUGCUGGAAACCCUCCAAGAAGGAGAAGCGACAAGCAGAGACACAACCAACCUCUGACUACGCCGAGCAGGACGAGGAGCGCCUGAAGCACGAGGGUGAGUGCAGCCUGGUGUGGCAGUCGUGGGCCAAGGGACACCAAUGCUCCGGGCAUGGGGGGGACACCAAUGCUCCUGGCAUGGUGAGCAGCACCUUCCCUUCCUUCCGCACAGCCGAGGGCAUCCCACGGAGCGGCGAGCACGAGCGCAAGAACCCGGUGGCAUUGUACAUCCUUAAAGACAAGGACUCUCCGGAGGCCGAGGAGGAUUCGCUGCCCGAGCCCCGCGGCACGGUGGAGCCCGGCUACAGCAGCUCGCCCGUGCCCGCCGCCGGCCGCUCGCCGGGCCCCGUGGGGCGCUCCGCCCGCCGCUACCACCGCUCGCCGGCCCGCUCGCCCGCCUCGACGCGGACGCACCGCUCCCCGCCGGGCUCCCCGGCGCGCUCCCGCGGCGCCCCGCGGCUGCUGCGGACUGCGGGCGUGCACGUCAUCCGCGAGCAGGAGGAGGCCAACGCCGUGGAGAUCAGCGCCUGAGCAGCGGACU